AUGGGUUCCCCAGAGAGAUCCUUGGAGGAUAUUGUACAAGAAACAAUUGUAAACCCUAGCCCGAGAAAGCGGUAUAUUAGUACAAGUUCUGAUGAUGAGAAAUUCCCACCAGCUAAGCGUCCCGAAGAAGAAGACCAAGAACUUUAUGAAAUCUGGCAGGGAAUCUUGGAAGAUGCAGCGGCAGAAUCUUUUGGAGCUCAGGUAAAUAAACACUGUUGGUGUUACAGACUUGGGGAGUAUGUGAGAGUUCCCAGGGCUGCAACAUAAAAACUGUGUUCUUUAAUGUUUUCCCAGGAGGGUGACGACCGCGGCCUUGACACACUGCCUCUAGCAAUAUGGAACUAUACAGAGCCCGGGAACAUGCAUAUCAGGAAUCCUCCCGCUGUGAGAACGCAUCAACCCAGCCAUGUUACUAUGCAGAAUUUCCUAGGACUACAAGUGGAUGAUUCAGAUUACAUACCAGCAAGGAAAAGACGUUCUGCUAUGAAAGGCCUUGUCAGAGCGGGGGUAUAUGGAAUUUUAAAAUACUGCCUGAAGAAUUACAUGUAUGAUUCAUGCUACGGGUGUAUGGUUCAAGCAGGGGGGCAAGACUCACAUGAAUGUGUUACUUGGACCGAUAGAAAUGUUUCCAGAUUUAUUAGAACAUUGUCAUCAAGGAUGUGUGUGAAAGCAGUGCUCCACAUAAUUAUUAUAAUUGCUUACAGCUUGAAAAUGUUAUUGCUAUCUAGUGAUACCGUGAAUCAGACUCUAAACCUCAUCAGCAGGGUUAAGGGUUCUGAUGACCCGCAGGCUGUGUUAGAAGCUAUCCCACAACAGAACGAUUCCAGAAUGCUCUCUUUUGUGAACUGUGUCCUCGAAAAAAGGGGAUACAGACAGUUUCUUGUUCCAGAGAUACCUGAAUAAAUUCCCUCGCAAAAGUCUAAUGGAACUGUUGUACACGACUG